GUCAUUUUAUGUUGCGACCUCAAACCGGAAGUAGAUUUUCUUUCUAUUUGGCUCGAACGCGGAAAGCCGAAAAUUGUCCAAGGUCUCUUUACUUUUGCACGAUAACAGCGGUUCAGACAAGGGGCUCAUUGUUCCAAGUAUCCGCGUCAGGGUGCGUAGACUUCGGCCUUCUAAGCCGAACGGACCCGCUCGCGUGUGUUAGCAUCUUUUAGCCUGCGGAAGCUAACCGAGCGCAGCGGACCGAACUCCAAGCAGCCGCCGCAUUCGCCUGGAUUUUUUAAUAUAUUGAUAUUUUUUGUGGUCGAGGCAUGUGGAGAGCGACUUUGGAGGCGUUCGGCGUUCUUCUGCUGGCCGUCUUGUUGGGGAAUCUCGCUUUAGCUUGGUUUCAGCUCAACAAGCACGAAGCGCAGGCGAGAGCGCAGCAGCAGCAGGAGCAGAGCUGCUUUUGCCACCUGACGGGCGUGCUGGACGACUGCUUCUGUGAUGUGGAGAGCAUCGAUGUCUUCAACAACUUCAAAAUCUACCCGCGCAUCAAGAAACUGACGGAGAAGGACUACUUCCGAUACUACAAGGUGAACCUGAAGCGGGCGUGUCCGUUCUGGCCCGACGACAGCCACUGUGCCAUCAAAGACUGCCACGUGGAGCCCUGUCCAGAGAGUCAGAUUCCUGUGGGCAUCAAGUCUGGGAAUUACAACAAGUAUUCGCAGGCGGCCAACGGUGUGGCGGAUAUGAGCGAGUGUCAGCAGGCCCAAGAGCUGGGAGCCAUCAACAGCACGCUCAGUAAUCAGAGCAAAGAAGCGUUUGCCGACUGGGCGAGACACGACGACGCUCAGGAUCAUUUCUGCGAGCUGGACGAUGAGUCGUCCCCAGACGCAGAGUACGUGGACCUGCUGCUCAACCCGGAACGCUACACGGGAUACAAAGGCCCUUCGGCGUGGAGGGUCUGGAACAGCAUUUACGAGGAGAACUGCUUCAAGCCCAGGUCCGUGUACCGACCUUUGAACCCCUUGGCCCUGAGCAGAGGUGAGGACAACAUUGGCGAGAGCUUCUACGACUGGCUUGAAGGUCUGUGUCUGGAGAAGAGGGUUUUCUAUCGCCUCAUCUCGGGCCUUCACAGCAGCAUCAACAUCCACCUGAGCGCGCAGUACCUGCUGGACGAGGGUUGGGGCAGGUCGGUGUGGGGUCCCAACGUGGAGGAGUUCCGCUCGCGUUUCGACACGGCCGAGACGAAGGGCGAGGGCACGCGGCGCCUGAAGAACUUGUACUUCCUGUACCUGAUUGAGCUGCGCGCGCUCUACAAGGUGGCGCCGUAUUUCGAGCGCGCCGUGGUGCACUUGUACACGGGAAACGGGCGCGACGACGCCCACACCAAAGAGCUUCUCCUGCAAGUCUUCCACGAAAUCCAAAUGUUCCCCAUGCACUUUGACGAGAAGUCCAUGUUUGCCGGACACGAGAAGGAAGCCAAAAGCUUGAAGGAAGAAUUCCGUCUUCACUUCAAGAACAUCUCCAGGAUCAUGGACUGCGUCGGCUGCAGCAAAUGUCGACUGUGGGGAAAACUGCAGACCCAAGGCCUGGGCACAGCCCUGAAGAUCCUGUUUUCGGAGAAGCAGAUCAAGAACCUUCCGGAACGUUCUCCCUCCAAAGGCUUCCAGCUCACCCGCCAGGAUGUUGUCGCCUUGAUCAACGGCUUCGCAAGGUUGUCCACCAGCAUCCAUCAGCUGCACGACUUCCGGAUGAUGCUGAGGGAGAACAGGUAACAGGAAGUAGCCCGACAGCUAACAGGGAGGGACAGGAAGCGACCCGCCCGUUUGCAAAGUGGAUGCGCAGGCAUGUAAGGGACAUGUUUGGGUCACUUGAUGACGGUGAAGUGCAGACAGUGAGACUGCGUGCGUGCGUGCGCUGUUGCCUUGUUCUGCACAGCAAAGAAGAAGAUUUAAUUAUUCUAAUUUUUAUUUUUCUAAAUAAUAUUUUGUUGUGUUUUAAGAUUUCUUUUUUUGUUAGGCAGAAAUGAAAAGAAAAAAAAGAAAAGUCUACCAAAGAAUUUGAAGCUGCCUCAUGUACUUUAUUUGUGUUGCCUUGGACAUGAUCCACUUGACGUUUAUUUAUUUAUUUUUUUUGUGAUCAAUAAUUCCUAGUGACCAUUUUGUCUGCUUGAAAACAUUAAAACAAUCCAAAAUUGUUUUUUUCAAUGAGGGGAGUAGCACAGUAAUGUUUUUACUUUAUAAAAACACAGAGUAAUAACAAAGAAGUAGAAUGUAAAGCAUUAAACAGCUUGUGCAUCAUCAUCAAA